AUGUACCAGCAUUUAUUUAAUCAGAUGAAUUAUAAAGACCUGAAAAAACUUAUGAUAGAAUUAAAUGUAAGAGCAGAAGAAUUUACUGAGGCCUGUAAUGAAAUAGAAGCAUGUAUUCAAGAAGGAGAAGAUAUUCCUGAUAUAUUUGUAACCGAAUAUGAAAGUACAGUAGAAAAGUUGAUGGAAUUCAAGAGAAACAUUAAUAUUAAAAAAGAACUAUUAGGCCUACAGUUUGAUGAUAAUCACUCAUUAUCUAGUAGAAAAUCAGAUAGAUCACAAUACUCACACAACAAUAAAGAAGAGAGACAGAAGAAAGCUAUAGUAGAUGCUAAAGUUUUAGAAAUGAAAGUGCAAAAAACCACUGGUAUAUAA